CUCUCUUUCUCUUUUCUCUUUCUUCUGUCUUUUCCACCGGUUCACCCAUCUUCACUGGACUACGAGUGAAAGCUUUAUCUCCACACAGUCUUCUUCUUCUUCUUCUUCUUCUCUCUCUCUCUCUCCGCUUCUCUGUGAUUCCCACUUUUAACUCACUUGCUCUGUCUAUAGUUUCCGCUUUCGCGAGGAUCUCGCUCUAAACGGAUUGUAUAAUUAUUUCCUCUGGUACAUACAUUCUGCGAUGUACUUUACUUCUUGCAUGAUAAGCUGAUCCAAACACAGACACAAUCCCAUUAUCUUCAAUCACAAAUUAGACAUUCCUUACUUGUUUCUCACUGUUGUUUGCUUCUGCUCCCUUUAUUUCACUCGUAAUGUGCUUUGGUUAUUUAACCUAUUAGCCGCUGCUCCCUACUCUGAUAUAUAUAUAUAUAUAUAUUUUCUACUCUUCGAUCCUCAUUUACCUCAAGAUUAUUGAAUAGUUUCGGCAUUUGUAUGAGGAGGUUUGUGCUGCAUGAGUCUCUCCGCUUCUAGAGAACUAUGUCAAAAAUGCUGUUGUUGCUGGAUACCCAACCCCAAAAUUUAGGGGUUCUUGAUUCAAAGCUUCCAUUUAAUCAGGUAUUUAGUGCGCUUCAUUGUGUCUUUCUUUAGACGGGAAUUACACUGUUUUACUUCGGGAAUUGAAUAUUUAGCGUUGUUGAGAAGAUUCUUGACAAUAAUUUUUGCGUCAAAGGAGGUAAUGCUGAAGAAUCACGAUUUAACUGAAAUGCUCUAAAUAUUCCAAGCAUUUCUGAUUCUUUAGGAGCUUCUUUUGAAAGGAUUCCAAAAGAGAAAAAGAUAACCUCUGGCUAUAAGAUUGUAACGGUUGAAACAUUCAAAGCUGCUUUUAUACUAUCUAGCAAGGGAGAGAGACCAAAAGAGAAAGGGAAUAUAUUUUUAUUUAUACAGUACCCGUUACUCACAAUUAUGAGCAAGUCGACGUGACACCAAUUAUGUAUUUGCGAUUGUUUUUUUAGUGAGUUUGAAGCUUCUUUCCGUUUUUAUUAUUUUCGGAUCUGGGAAUUUAGUGGUAUUGAUUUCUCAAGGUUUUACUGGGUUUUGUUGAGAAGCCUUGUGCUGAAGGUUGAGAAAUUCCAAAGCAUCGAUGGGGCUUCUUGGAAGUCUCGCGGUGCUUUCUCUGAUAUGCUUCUCAUUGUUACCGGAUUUCAAAGCACAGUCUGCUUCAAGAAGUCCUGCUAGGGCCCUAGAUGCUCUUCUACAAGAUUAUGCUUUCAGGGCUUUUGUUCGUCCAAAGACAGGCAUUCCAUAUGAUGGGACAGUUCCAUCAAAUUUGACUGGGAUCAAGGUUGCUGCAAUCAGGCUUCGCAGUGGAAGCUUAAGAAAAAGAGGAGUUCCCAUGUACAAGGAGUUUCGGAUUCCUUCUGGAGUUAUAGAUAAGCCAUAUGUUGAAAGGCUUGUUUUGGUGUACCAAAACUUGGGUAAUUGGACACAAAGGUACUACCCAUUGGAUGGCUAUACUUAUUUAUCUUCAGUAUUAGGCCUUCUUGCUUACAGUGCUUCAAAUUUAUCAGCUACAAAUUUGCCAGAAUUAGAUAUCAUAGCUUCUGGUGAUCCCAUAUCAAUUGCAUUUCCAGAUGUGAAGUCAGUCCCAGAUGGGUCUAUUCCAAAGUGUGUUUGGUUUGAUUUGGAUGGUUCGGUCAAUUUCAGCAAUGUGUUGUCUGGUAAUAUGUGCGAGACAAUGCAGCAGGGGCAUUUUUCUAUAGUUGUUGAAUCAAUUGCACCUGCUCCUGCACCAGCCUUUCCUGUGUCCCCUCCUGGUGUUCCUCCAAAUGUGGCUCCACCACCACCUAGUGGAAAAAAGAAGAAACCUAAUUCGAAAAUUUGGAUAAUUGUUGGAUCAGUUCUUGGGGGGCUGCUAUUAGUAGCAUUGUUGUCAUUAUUUAUAUUGUGGGUGCAGAAGUACAAGCAAAGGAAGAGAAUGCGACAGAUGGAGAAGGCUGCAGAUGUGGGAGAAGCUCUGCACAUGACUGCUGUUGGGAAUACAAAGGCACCAGCAGCAAUGGUGACUAGAACGCAACCAAUUCUUGAGAAUGAAUAUGUGCCUUGACUCCUACCUUGUUGUAAAAGCUUUCUUUCAAUUCCGCAUGCAUUUUAUUCUUAUUCAAGCCCACGUAUCAUAAAAUUCUUACAAUAACACCUUUUUUCGGUGGUGUUUCAUUGUUCGCCUCGCUCGUUUGCUCCUGAUAGGUCCUUGGUUAUAGUGUGCCUAAGAUAGGAUUUUUGUGUAAAUCUGUUAUUGUUCACAAACCGUCCAUACCUUUAUUAUUCAUCGUGGUGUGCUUCUAGCCAAAAGUGAUUCCAUAUGUGAUGAAAUUAGUUGUCCCAUUGACAAAGAAUAAAACUUUUUUUCUUUUUUGAUGAUUUUGUUUUGGGUUAUUUGUCUUCACUCUUUGAGAUUGUUGCAAGAUGAAGGUUGUCUAUUGAGCAUAGUUUUCAGGAAUGAGAGUUUAUAUUAAAUGCAAUUCACCAGGGACCAGCUCCAUUCUUGGGUUGAAGGUUUGCAGCUGGCUGUUGGAAGAUAUGGCAUCUCUUUUGUUCAAAUGCUAAGGUUUGCUGCUGCUAACUUCUCUAUCACUCUUUCUAAAUAUAUGUACAUUGUGUUCUACCAACUGCUUGUGGAUCUUGGUUCAUAUGAAUUGUUAUUACAUGUGACAUUUUCCUUAUUCAAGCCAAAACAUUUUCUUGAUGUAUGCAAAGUUUUUAUUUAUGAAGAUGAAGAAGAGGAUAAUUGCUUCAUGUUUUCCUGCCA